AUAACAAUUAGUUACCAUCUUAUUGCGUAGAUAGAUGAGGCUUAUGGCCUCAUUCUGUUUGAAAAUUGAAAAGUGAAAGGGUAAAACCAUGGGAUCCGGCAAUGCUUGAAGUAUAGGAAAGGCCAAAGCUCCCCAAGCCGCGUGAAUCAUGGCGAUAAUAUGCUGCCACGAGAUGGGCAUUAGUAUGGAAUUUUCAUGUCUUCACAUCCUUCACCCACAUUGAAGAAAGAAGGAAAGCAUAUAUGCUCAAGUGAUGUGUGAUCCACAGGAAAGGAAUUGAUUCCCAGCGACCAGGGAUGGGGCAUAAGGAGAUUGAUUCUCCUGUUCUAUUUCAUCAUCCUAACAUACACAUUUUGCCGUGAGAGUGAGUCUAGAGCUAUCUUGUCUUUCUGUUUGCCGCCUACAAGAAAGGAAAGAAGAGGAAAUUACUGCUAUGGCAUCUGACGAGCCCCCUAAGUACCGUGCUUUGGUUAUUGCAAUCUACGCAACAGCAUCGGUCCUAGUCGCUGCUUUCCUGGGUGCUCGUUUUCUGCGCAAGAAGAGAUGGCAAAAUGGCGAAUCCAGAGGGACAAAUGGGAACAAUUCGCAGCAGCAGGUAGAUGGAAGCCACAACGUUCCAUCGUCCUCAUCCUCAGACAAUCCAGUGGCGGGCCAUGAGUUUGAAAUCUUCCUGAGCUUCAGGGGGACCGACAUCCGGAAGACAUUCACAGACUACCUUUACCAUAGCCUCAUCGACGCUGGGCUCCGCACCUUCAGGGACAAUGAGGAGCUCCGUGUUGGGGAGGAGAUCGGUCCCAAGCUCAUGAAGUCAAUCAAGCAGUCAAGGAUCGGGAUCCCCAUCUUCUCUGCAGAUUAUGCAUCGAGCAAGUGGUGCCUCAUGGAGGUGGCAGAGAUGUUGAAGUCCAUGAAGGAGAGGAAACAGAUGAUCAUGCCAAUAUUCAUAGAUGUUACGCCCGAUGAUGUCCAACAUCAGACGGGGAGUUACGCCGACUCGUUCUCCUCGCAUGAGAAGAGAUUCGGUCCGGAGAAGGUCCAAGGGUGGAGGGAUGCUCUGAAGGAAGUCGUGAAGUUGAAGGGUCUGGAACUGGCCAAAGUGGCAAACGGACAUCAAGGUGAGUUUAUAAAGUUAGUUGUUGCAAGGGUCAUCAGAGAAUUGAAGAAAUAUCACUUGGAUGUGAGUAAUGUCUUAGUAGGAAUCGAGGAUCGUGCAGAAGAACUCAUGAAAAAGUUAGAAGUUGGCAUUGAUGACGUUCGGGUCGUCGGGAUUUGGGGCAUGGGCGGCAUAGGGAAGACAACACUUGCCAAGUUUGUCUACAACCAAAUCGUAGACAAUUUUGAAAGUAAUUCUUUCCUUAAAAACAUCCGAGAAACAACCCGGAAUCCUAGAGGGCUUCAGUACUUACAGAGUAAAUUGGUCUCCGACAUACUAAGGCGUGAGCCGGAGGACUAUGCUAAUGUAGAGGAAGGAAUUAAUGUGCUUAAGGAAAGGCUUCGUGAUAAGAAAGUCCUUAUCCUUCUCGACGAUGUUGAUCGCAUUGACCAGAUUAAAGCCGUGGCAGCAGAUGUCAGUUGGUUCAAACGAGGAAGCAGGAUCAUGAUUACGACCAGAGAAAAGGAAGUCCUGGAUCAUUUUCAAGUGCAUGAUCCAUACGAAGUUGUGUUAUUGGACAAAGAUCAAGCUUUUGAGCUCUUCUGCAAGCAUGCAUUCGGAGAUAAAUUGCCCAGACCUGACUUGGUUGAACUAGCCUGGCAGAUUGUGAACAGAGUGGGAAGGCUUCCUCUGGCUCUUGAGGUUAUCGGAUCAUUCUUAUCCAUCUACCGUGAGAAAAUGGAUAUAUGGCAUGGUACGAUAGAGAAGUUGAAGAUAAAACCUAACAUGGAUGUCCAAGACAAGUUGAAGAUCAGUUACGAGUCGUUGGAUCGUGAGCAAAAGGAGAUGUUCCUUGACAUUGCGUGCCUUUUCAUCGGAAUAGAUGUCAGGCUAGUAAUACCCAUGUGGAACGAUGCUAAUUUUUUUCCAGAAGUGGGAAUUGAGAUCCUCCAACUGAAGUCGUUGAUCAAAAUCGGAGAUGACAAUAAGAUAUGGAUGCACGAUCAACUUAGAGAUCUCGGCAGAAGCAUUGUUGAACAAGAAGACAAAGAACCGGGACAGUGGAGUAGGCUGUGGCACAAUGAAGAUGCAUUCAAUGUAUUAGUGGAAAAAGAGGGAACAUCAAAAGUGGAAGCCAUCAGUCUAGAAGGAUAUCAUUUCAGCGAGGAAGCAGAUUGUCUUGACGAUGAGAUGUUUAGGAAACUGUCGAGGCUGAGAAUUCUUGAACUCGACGGUGCAAGGCUUGAUGGGAACUUUGAGGGUCUUUUCCAUCAGCUGAGAUGGUUGAGUUGGCACAGAGAGAACGUAUCUCCGCCAGAAAAUUUAACCCUGAAGAACUUAAUUGUUCUCGAUCUAUCACGGAGCUUAAUUCAUGAAGAUUGGAUUGGUUGGAGCUCGAUUAAGUUUGGAUUAAAGCUCAAAGUUCUCAAUCUCAUGAAUUGCCAAAUAAGCAGAACUCCUGACUUCUCAGCAUUUCCAAGUUUAGAGAGCUUGAUUCUCGAAUCCUGCGAGCAGUUGGUUUGGGUUGAUCCGUCAAUAGGACUUCUAAAGAACCUGAUCCUUUUAAAUUUGAGGAAAUGUCAGAGCCUGGUGAAGUUGCCUGAAGAAUUGGGUUCCAUGGAGUCACUAGUCGAGUUUCUCAUUGAUGAUACAGGGGUGGAAGAAGUACCUAUAUCUAGAGGUAUGAAGAAGCUAGAAGUUCUAUCAGCCAAUCAUUGUAGACAUCUUGUUGAAAUUCCCACAUCUAUUGGAUCCCUCAUGAACCUGAGGAGACUAUCAUUAAUAGGUUGCGGAUUAGACAAACUUCCGGACUCCAUUGGGCAGUUAACCUCAUUGGUUGAACUGAUCUUGUCAUACAAUGCAUUCGGAAGAUUGCCGGAUUUCGUUGGUGAUCUACAUGAUUUGGAAUUGCUGAAGAUUGAUCACACAUAUAUCACUUGUUUACCGGGUAACCUGGGAAGCCUGAAGAAGCUCAAAGUGCUUGACGCCUCAUGGUAUGAAUUGGAGGGAGAAAGAGAAAUUUCCGAUGAAGUUUUGAGUCUAUCCUCUUUGAGGGUCUUGAAAUUUUGUGGGAUAAAGAGCCUCCCUGCGAGUAUGAGAGCACUCUCAUGCCUGGAAACUCUUCAUUUAGGAGGCUGCCAGAAUCUUCAGACCCUCCCUGAGCUUCCAUCUAGCUUAAUUAGUCUAACAGUCGAAGCCUCAUCAAAGCUGACUUCACUGAACCUCGCAAACUUGGUUAAUCUGAAAGAAUUGAGUUUGUCUGGGGAUUUCGAGGUCAAAGAGGAAUGCCUCUCUGGCCUAAGGAAACUUGAGAAAUUGACUCUGCACUCAGUGAAGACGUAUACAUUACCGGGAGAGAUAGAUUUAUUUCUCCGUCUUAAAGAGCUUUAUAUUCUUUAUUGCAGGGAACUUAAAUGUCUCCCCACACUUCCCUCGAGUCUUUCAUUUUUGAGAAUUGAGCACUCCGACUCACUUGAGAGGUUGCCAGACCUUUCAAACUUGAAUACCUUGUCAAAACUAGAGGUAUUAUUUUGCUCCAAGAUCAGAGAGAUCGAAGGCCUUGGCAGUCUCAUGUCCCUGAAAAUUCUGUCGACAGAUGGCAGCCCUUUAACUAAGCUAGACGGUCUCGAGAGGCUUGAGUUUUUAACUGCUCUAUCUGCCGGUUUUUCUGAAGUUGAAAGGCUUCCCAACUUGUCAAAGUUGAAGAACUUGCAGUCCCUAAUUGUACCGUGCAGCAGUAAGCUAGUUGAGAUUCAAGGUCUGAGCUGUUUGGACAAGCUAAAAACUUUAUGUAUUGACAGCUGCACGUCGCUCGAAGGCUUGCCUGAACUACCAAAGUCAUUGGAGGAAUUAUUCCUUAGAGGCUGCGAGCAAUUUAGCCAAAUUGAGGCGGUUGCAGGAUUGGAAUUAUUGCAGGCAUUGGAGAUAAGCAGGUGCAGAUCGCUCAGGAAGUUACCGAACCUAUUGAAGUUGCAAAGGCUGGAAAGCAUCAUAAUGCGAGAGUGUGAGAACAUCACAGAAAUUCCAGGACUCGAGGAACUAAGUAAUCUACGGAGGUUGAGCAUCUUUGGAUGCAAAGCACUUAAGUUACCCGAUCUUUCAAAGCAGCAGAGUAACGGACUGCGAAUCAAUAUGACGAUGAAACAAUGGUAACGCGUUUAAACGAAAGGAAAUGGAACCGGCUGCUUGAAAAUUAUCCUUCCCGUACUAUGAAGUGAAGCUUUUACUUUUGUGCAUGUGGAUGUGGUUUUCUCCGCAAAUGUAGUAUAAUAUUUUAGAAAAUGAAGAACUGACUGCUGUUUAUGUUACAAAAUGGGGCUGAGUUGAAACCAAAAAAGAGGACAGACAGAACACAAAGACGAUGAAGUUCUAAACCCAGCAGAUUGUCGCAUAACAGAAGGUGUUGUGAGCGUGAUGAAUACAGGAGGUUGUACUGUUUUAUAUAAAUUGCUGUGACUGGAAAUGUUCAGAUGUGAAUGAAGUACAAUCAUGUUAAUAGAA